AUGAAAGGUGAAGCUACUUAACCUAAAACUUAAACAUAAGGAUCUGCAAUAAAGAAUGAUAAACCCUUGAAAUAAGUGAAAUAAUCAAGUCCACUGAAACAUUAAAUUGAACCAGAGGUAGUGUGGCCAUUUUUUGCUCCCUAACCGGCACUGGUCAAUUAAAUGAGAUUUUGGGAUCGAAAAAAUUGCAAGAAUGUUUAUCCAAGCAAAGAGGAUUUAAGAUUUUAAGCCAUAAUGUUGAGAGUGGGAAAAAAGAAAAAGUCAACUAAGGGUUAUUUUUUCAAAUUAAGUAAAGAUGGAACACUAAGUUAUUACAAAAAGGUUUCACUUUUAAAUAUAAAUAAGGAAUCUGAUAAAGUAGCAAAAGGAUAUUUAUAAAUAACUAUGGAUUACGUAGCUCAUCUUUUGGAACAAAAAAGUAAAAAAGAUUCGUUACUAAUUGUUUAAAUUGAAAAGUAUUAAGGACUCUCUAUAUCAAUAUUUGAUGGAAAAACUCAAUUGACCCUUGAAUUCUUUAAUCAUCUUAAAGAUUAUUGCAUAGUGUCUGGAAUGGAUAAAUUAUAUACUUAAAUGGAACUGUUAGGUAAAGGUUCAUUUGCUUCAGUAAAUAAUAAAUGUGAUUAAUAUAAUAGGUAUAUAAGGUAAAGAACUUAUCUAAUGAAUAAAUGUUUGCAGCUAAAACAUAUUUCAAGGAAACAUUUGAUCAAUCUUAACAUAAAUCUAAAUUUGUGGUACCAUUUGUUCAUUAUUAAAGCUGAGCUUAUGAUAAAAAACGAAAUCAUGGUUUUACGUAAAGUUAUUCAUCCUGGUAUAAUUCGAUUAUACGAUGUUAUUUAAGAGAAAGAGAAAUUAAUAUUAAUUAUGGAAUUAGUAUCAGAUGGAGAUUUGUAUAGUUUGAUAAAGGAAAAGAAAAGGAUCCCUGAAAAGGAAGCUGCUGUAAUGUUAAAAGGUGUAUGUGAAGCAUUACAUGAGAUGCAUAUGUAUAAUAUUAGUAUAAUUAUAUAGUAAUGAAUUUGUACAUAGAGAUUUAAAAUUAGAAAAUAUUAUGAUGAAAUCAAGAGAUUAAUAUAUAAUUAAAUUAGUUGAUUUUGGAUUUGCAGAACCUAUAAAUCAUAAAGAAUUAGUAUCUAAAGCAGGAACUCCUGGAUAUAUUCCACCUGAGAUUUUCAAAUUAUUCCCAUAUACAGAUAAAGGAGAUGUAUUUUCAGUUGGAGUCAUUUUUUAUUCAGUAUAAAUAUUUUGUAUUAUAAUUAUAGUUAAUAUCUGGGAUUUCAUGUUUUAAAGGAAAAAAUUAUUAAGCAGUUUUGGAAGAUAAUAGAAAAUGUGAAAUUAGUUUUAUGAAAUCAGUAUGGAAUGAUAUCAGUAGUGAAUGUAAACAUUUGUUAAAGAAAAUGUUGGCUAGAAAGCCUGCUGAUAGAUAUACUUGUGCAGAUGUACUUAAAAAUGAAUGGAUUUUAGUACAUACUUCAAAUGAAUAUGAAUAAUAAGCUGGUUAAUAUAUUAAUUAUAUAAUUUUAGAUUCUGAAUUAGAAAGAAGAAAUUCUUAUUAAACAAUGAAGAAAUCUCAUUAUAGCCAUUAUAAUUCAGUUGAUGGAUCAUAACCUGAUUUUAAUAAUGAUUUUUCAUAUCAUACUAAUGAUUUAAAAUCUUUUUAUCAUCGUAAUAGUUAGAAAACAGUAAAAACUCAAAGAUCCAUUUAAUCAAUAAAAUCAAACAGUAAUAUUAUUAAUUUUACAAUUAGAUGAUAAAAUGAAAUAAUCAAUGAGAAAUAAAUCAGCACAUAGUAAAUAAUAAUAAUUUACAAAUUUUAAGAGUUAAACACUUAAACAUAAAAAUAAAAGUGCAAUUCAUUCAAAUACUGGAGAAGGAGGAGGAGAUUAAAAAAGUGUGAGAUGGGUUGAUAAGAAAAAUAAAAGUGAUGAACCAUCUUUUGGAGAUAAAAAAGAGAGUAAUAAUUUACUUAUUAUUUAGAUGAUUCAGUUAAGACAUCAAUUUCACUUAAAAUUUUUGAAGAUUUCGAAGCCAUUAAUUAAACAAAUGUAGCAUUUUUAAAGAUGUCUCCAAUAUUGUUUAAUUUACAAAAGAAACCAGAUUCUGAUGCUAAAAUCAAUGAAGCUAUCAAAAAGAAAAAAUAAUAAGCAACUCAUUUAAUGAGAGUAAAAUGA